AUGGUUGCCCGCGUUCAACACCCUGCCCCUUCUUUUAAAGGAACUGCCGUUGUCGACGGAACUUUCGCAGAAAUCUCGCUUGAGGAUUACAAGGGCAAAUGGCUCGUUCUAGCUUUCAUCCCCAUGGCAUGGACAUUUGUCUGCCCUACUGAGAUUAUCGCAUUCUCAGAUGCCGCAAAACAAUUCGCUGAACGCGGAGCUUCGGUUGUCUUCGCUUCCGUUGAUUCUGAAUAUAGUCUUCUCUCAUGGGCCUCAACAGCUCGCAAGGAUGGAGGUCUAGGAAGUGUCAAUAUUCCUCUUUACAGCGACAAGAACCACAAAUUGGCAAAAGAUUACGGUGUUUUGAUCGAAGAGGAGGGCGUUGCUCUUCGCGGUCUUUUCAUCAUUGACCCCAAAGGAACUAUCCGCCAGAUCACCAUCAACGAUCUUCCAGUUGGGCGCUCAGUUGAUGAAACAAUCCGUUUGGUAGACGCUUUCCAGUUUACAGAAAAGUAUGGCGAGGUAUGCCCUGCCAACUGGAAUACUGGUUCAGAAACAAUCAAGGCCAAUCCCAAAGAGUCAAAGGAAUAUUUCACUAAGGUUCAUGGUUAA